AUGGAUAUCUCCAAGGACCGUCCAAGUAUAAGCAAAGAUGAAGGCCGAAGGAGCGAAGAGAUUGUUGUAGUCUCUGAAACAUACACACCCGAGGAGGAGAAGGCAGUUUUACGCAAGAUUGACCUUGUUAUUCUGCCAUUCAUGUGUUUUGUCUUUUUCCUCCAAUACCUCGACAAACAAAGCCUGAGCUAUGCUGCUGUUUUUGGCCUUCAAACAGAUCUGAACAUGACCAGCAGUCAGUACUCUUGGUGUAGUUCUAUCUUCUAUGUCGGCCAGCUUGUCUCGGAAUACCCCUUCAUCUACCUCAUGAGCCGAUUUCCCCUGACAAAGUUUGUUGGUGUGACAGUUAUCAUGUGGGGAAUCAUUUGUAUGUGUCUCGCUGCGCCGUCGAAUUUCGCAGGUUUCGCCACCGUUCGAUUCUUGCUCGGAUUCAGCGAGGGUGCUGUAUCGCCGGCUUUCGUGACAAUAACUAGUAUUUGGUAUCGCAAGAAGGAACAUACCACCAGAACAGCACUGUGGAUUACCAUGAACGGACUGGCACAAGUAAUCGGCUGCUUGCUCAUGUACGGAAUUGGAAAGAACAGCUCACUUUCCAUUGCUCCCUGGCGAGUUCUGUUCUUGAUCUGUGGAGCCCUAACUUUCUUUGCUGGAAUUGGAUUUUUUGUCUUGAUGCCGAACGGACCCAAGGAUGCCUGGUUCCUCAAUGAGCGGGAGAAAGAGGUUCUGUCUCUUCGUCUCGCUGAAGAUCGUGAGGGUGGUGAUAAAACAUCCUUCUCUUUGUCACAACUCAAAGAAACUAUGCUCGAUCCCAAGGCAUGGUGUGUCUUCUGGUUUGGUGUUCUAGUAACAAUGCAGUCGCCGGUCCUUACCUUUGCGUCCCUGGUGAUUAAAUCCAUUGGCUACUCUGACCUUGAAACAAUGCUUUACACCGCCCCCUCCGGUGCUGUACAAAUCUUCUUACUUUGGAUUGGCACUGCAUUGGUCUGGAUCUUCCCUCGCCAGCGAAAUAUGGCCGUUUUGGUUCUUAUCAUUCCCCCUCUUAUCGGAAAUGUCUUCUUGUUGAAGCUCACUGUCACGGCCCAGUGGGGUCUUAUUGUGGCUUCUUGGUUGUCUUCUUGCAUCACUGCAUCCAUGUCGAUCCUCCUCUCGCUCUCUGCUUCCAAUGUCAAGGGUAAUACCAAGCGUGCCACGGUCAACACAAUGUUUUUCAUUGGAUACUGUGCUGGAUGUAUUGGAUCUCCCCAGCUGUGGACUCACAAGCCAAGAUAUACCUCAGGUGUCAUCACAGCUAUUGUCACCUGGUGCCUCCUAUUUGUUGCUGUGAUUAUAUACUGGGUUCUUUGUGACCUUGAUAACAAGAAACGGGACGCCAGCUCUCCUGCUGGCAUCAUUGGUGUCGGUCAAGAGGUCGAGCUUGAUGAGAAGGGACUUCCCAUAACUGAUCUGACUGACUUACAAGACAAGUCAUUCAGAUAUGCCCUGUGA